GCGCGGGAUCUGCGCUCUGAUGUUUCCGGUAACCUGCGGAGCGAGCAGCUGGGCCGAAGCUCACCGCGCCCUCUUCCUCCUCAGCCUCCUCUACCGGGACAUUCCGCUCACCGGAAUCGCCCUCACCCUCCACGGAGCUCGGGAGCUCAUUUACCGUUACAUGAGAGAUCCAGAGAGCGCUGACAGGCGCUUUAAACCUCAGCGGACACUCGAACCGAUGCUAGCAAGCUAACAGCAUCCUGUCGCGCGGACAGAUAAAUCAAAACAAUGUAUUUAUUUAUUACUCCUAGUUCAUUUAUACUGCUUUUAUAAAGCAAAUGUGCUUCUCGCUCAGACACAGGUGUUACGUGUGUUAGCGACAGUAGCACGUGUUGUUUCUAAGUUACAGGUGCUUUUACUCUUAGUUUGUUGUUUAUCUCUGUGUAUUAUAAGAGUCCGCAUUAGUAAAGUGAAUGUCAGCUCAUUCAUACUCUUAGAGGUUUAAUAAAACAAUGAGAAGAUCUGAACAGUAUAUAGACUGAUCUGGGAACUUAGCAGCUUGAUGUCAAGUUGUGAAUCAGAGUUAUUACACAGUAAAGCUCAGUCUGAGCUCGUCUUAGAUUAAACAUCAGCCAUGGCUCCGAAGAAGAGACCUGAGCCCAUAGUUAUAACCGGAUCUGUGGAAGCACAGACGAGCUCUACAUCCAUCGACGCAGCUUCAGAAGCGAAUCUCGAGGCCCUGCAGAAGAAGCUGGAAGAGCUGGAUCUGGACGAGCAGCAGAAGAAGCGUCUGGAAGCUUUCCUCACGCAGAAAGCACAUCUGGGCGAGCUGAAAGAUGACGAUUUCCAGCAUAUCAGUGAACUGGGCGCUGGGAACGGAGGGGUGGUUAAUAAAGUGUGCCACAAACCCUCCGGCCUCGUAAUGGCCCGGAAAUUAAUUCAUCUGGAGAUCAAGCCGGCCGUCAGACAUCAGAUCAUCCGGGAGCUGCAGGUCCUGCACGAGUGUAACUCACCGUACAUCGUGGGCUUCUACGGAGCGUUUUACAGCGACGGCGAGAUCAGCAUCUGUAUGGAGAACAUGGACGGAGGCUCUCUGGAUCAGGUUCAGAAAGAGGCUCGCAGAAUUCCCGAGGAGAUCUUGGGAAAAGUCAGCAUAGCCGUUUUAAGAGGUCUCGCUUACCUUCGAGAAAAGCACCAGAUUAUUCACAGAGAUGUGAAACCUUCCAAUAUCCUGGUGAAUUCCCGCGGAGAGAUCAAACUGUGUGACUUCGGCGUGAGCGGCCAGCUCAUCGACUCCAUGGCUAACUCUUUUGUAGGAACGCGCUCGUACAUGUCGCCGGAGCGGUUGCAGGGCACUCAUUACUCGGUGCAGUCAGACGUGUGGAGCAUGGGUCUGUCUCUGGUGGAGCUGGCCAUCGGCCGUUAUCCCAUUCCUCCACCCGAUGCGAGGGAGCUGGAGGGCAUCUUCGGCAGGGCAGUGAUGGAUGUGAGGGAUCCAGGGACACACAGUACGUCUGCUCGACCCAGAGCCCCCGGGAGACCCGCCAGCGGUCCAGGGCCAGUCAUGGCUAUAUUUGAGCUGCUGGAUUAUAUAGUCAAUGAGCCGCCUCCUAAACUCCCUCACGGCGUCUUCACUCCUGAUUUCCAGGACUUUGUGACCAAAUGUCUGAUAAAAAACCCUGCGGACCGAGCGGACCUGAAGAUGCUGGUGAAUCACACGUUUAUUAAGCGCUCCGAGGUGGAGGAGGUGGACUUCGCUGGAUGGUUGUGUAAAACUAUGGGGCUCAAUCAGCCCAGCACACCCACCCAAACAUCUGAAUGACACACACACACACACACACACCUGACCGGCACAAAACAAGUGUUUCCAGCCUCUCUGAUGGUACACCUGCAGAGCUGCUUGUUUGACACUUUGACUUCUGUAUUCAAGGAUGAAUCUCAUGGAUCCAGUCAAGAACACAAACAUUUCACGCACAAAUCUGCUAAAUAAGGGAUGCAUGUAUUUUUAAGAUCUUUUUCUUGCCAAAAAAGUGCAUUUGCCCCCAGAAACCCAAUGAAACAUUACUAAAUUAUGAAGCAAAGUCCCAUACACUUUUAAAAAUAAAGCUGUUUCAAAAGCUUCUUCACAAGCGAUGCUAUAGAAGAAGUGUUUUCGGUUCCACAAAGAAGCGUCUCUUUCUUUUUUAAAUCUUUUAAGGUUCUUUAAGACAAAGAAGGUUCUUCUAUGACAUCGUGAAGCACCUUUAUUUAUAAGAGUGUAUUGUAGUAUUUGUAGUACUUACAGUAGUAUUUUUUUACUGUAGUAUGCAAAAAAAAUACAGGUACUGUUAUGUACUUGACUAAUAAAAAUAAUUGCAAAGAUGAAAUUACUGAAAUUAGUAAAAGGAAGGUUUGGUGAAUUGUUUUGAAAAUGUCACAAUGCAAAAGCGAUCUUAAAUCUGGUCUUAUUUCGGAUAUUUUUCGUUUGGUUUCUCGUGAGGAUGUUUUGGACACACACACACACACGUUCUCGUCUGGUUCUUCAUCAUGUGUAACACAGAAUGAUUUCUGUUUGUUCGUUCUUGCGUUUCUCACACACAGUUGCUGCUUUAAAGACUCAAUAAAGUGAUUGUAGAGGGGAUGAACUGAUUCUGGCUCGUGCUGCUGUUUGUUUAAAUGGAGAAGUUGGGACUUAAUAUCAAAUCUGUGCUGUUUUAGUUUCACAAACACGUUUGGCAUCCGAAAUAAAGACUGACAUUUCAAAAUCA